AUGUACCCCAUUGCCACCCCCACUCCCGGAGAAAUUCGACUCAGCGAACCAUCCAAGUUAGGACAUUACAGGUGUUCAUGGCACUUUGGCCCGGCUCCGUCUGCUGUUAAUUUCGACAAUACAACGAAAUCAAACGAACCAAAGGAAGCCGAAUGUAGUUCAGCUGACAGUUCCAGAAUAACAUCAUAUGUAAACCAUUGUUCUAAACAGAAUUAUGUCCCUUUGUCGGCAUGCCGGGAAGAUGGCACGUGGAACUGCCAGUCUUUCAUCGCAAUGUGCAAAACACUUAUACAUACCGAACCUAUGGCAGCAAACAGUUUACCCGAGCAUCUAUCAUCGUCAGGAACACGUGCACAAAUUCCAGCACCAUCUCCGGUCGACAUACACAAGG